CCGUCUCUUUCCUCAUUUUCUCAUCCUCUCAAAUUAUUGAGCACUUGGUCAAGUGCCACUUUUCUCUCUCUCUCUGAAACCCUCUUCCUCCUUCUCUCAGAUCCGCGACGAUCUACGUCGAUGGCGUCCAAGCGGAUCUUGAAGGAGCUCAAGGAUCUCCAGAAGGAUCCUCCGACCUCAUGCAGCGCCGGUCCGGUUGCUGAAGACAUGUUUCAUUGGCAAGCGACGAUAAUGGGCCCUCCUGACAGUCCUUAUGCAGGGGGUGUCUUUCUAGUUACCAUUCAUUUCCCUCCUGAUUAUCCGUUUAAACCACCUAAGGUUGCAUUUAGGACUAAGGUCUUUCAUCCAAAUAUCAACAGCAAUGGAAGUAUCUGCCUUGACAUUUUGAAAGAGCAGUGGAGCCCUGCUCUGACCAUAUCCAAGGUGUUACUAUCCAUUUGUUCCCUGUUGACGGACCCCAACCCGGAUGAUCCCCUGGUGCCAGAAAUUGCUCACAUGUACAAGACAGACCGGUCAAAGUACGAGACAACUGCUAGGAGCUGGACCCAGAAGUAUGCUAUGGGUUAGUAUGUUGUGCGCCAACGACAUGUAAGACACCAACAUCGUAUUCCCUGUUUUGUAUAAAAGAAGCCUGGUGUGUACUAUUGUAAUAGACAUUGAGGAAUAGAUUUGCUUUUGUCCCUCUUAAAUCAUGACAAUGUGCUAAGGGGAGCAACUAUGAAGGAUCAGAAGUUGUUAAUGUUUGAUGUAUUGUCUAUAUGUGAAACUAGAAGUUUAUUCACACUCUUAUGUGUUUUAAUGUACCCUUCACUAGUGUACUUCUAGCAUUUGCAUUA